AUGUUUGUGUGUUCAUUACGUUCAAUAUGUAAUUUAAAAUAUAUGGCGAAUAUCGAUACAAAAAAAACAUGUAUUAAUCAUGAAUAUGUACUUGAUAAUAAACUAUUUUCGUAUGAAACAUGUAAUGACGAACAACAUUAUUCAGUUGGUGAUCAAUAUUUGAUUGAACCCAGGAAAAAUAGGUCAUUGGAAAAUUUGAAUUAUGAGUAUAACUCCAUAAUAACAAAUAUAAAACAUGACACUUAUGAAAUUGAUACCACGACCACCAGACUAUUAAGCAAGGAUAAUGUUACUAAUGAUGUUAGAUCAACUUUAUUCAAUGAUGACGAUUUGAGAGGAAAUGUCAAAGAUCUUGUGGAAAAAUUUGAAAAAAAUCAUUAUCAACAAAAACAGAAAGAAAAUGAUAGUGACGAUAAUCGAUCAUCAAAAAAUAACUAUAACACGAUUAGUGUAUUCAAUAAUGAGAUUCAUACUCUUCAAACAACAACAUGUGCACAUGUAUUUCCAUUUUACGAUACAUCUGAUGCUUAUUCAGAAAAUCUUUGUUGUAAAUCUGUUUGUUCAUUAAAAUCUCAUUUCGAAGAUAUUAUUAAAUAUACUGAUGAUGGUCUCGUGGAACCAAACACAACACCAGAACAACAUUCAUCUUCAACAUCAUCAAAAAAUAUCCAAGACAACAUUGAAAAAUGCGUUGAUGAUGCAGUGACAUCAAUAAAUUUACAUUACUCACAUUAUAUCGAUGAAAAACAAGAUGAUUUAAAAUCUAAAUUAAAAAAAACGUAUAGUUUUAUUACGAAACAUCAUCUAAAAACUAGAAAAAUCACUAUUUAUGACGACUAUUUUGUUCUACCAUCAAUAAUUGAUUUUAAUGAUCAUAGUGAUUAUGAGCACGAAUUGAACAAAGAAUUUAAAUAUGAAUUAACACGAAAAGAAUCUUUCACAAAUAUGACUACAUUCGAUCAAGUAGUGGCUGAUACUGAUACUAACGGUAGUAAGUUCAUAACAUAUCGUACGAAAUCAAAACUAAAUCAAGAUGGAAAUAGUGAUCAAAUAGUAAAUGAUUGUGGCUACAAUGAGAACACAAUUCAAGAUGAAAUUGGUUGGAAACCUAAAUCAUUCGAUUUGACGCUGACUAAAGAACAAGAAAUCGACAUAAAUGAACAACCUGUUAUCCAUAAGACAGUUGGUGAAUUGUUAUUAUUACAGGCACAUUUACGAGAAAAUAAUUUAGCUUUACUAACAAUAGUUGAUAUGCUUCAAACCCCGUCAAAUAUUAGAAAUAGAGAGAGACAAUCGUUUGGUACAGAUAUAAACAGAAUUUGA